CGUCCGAGUUGUCGAUCAAUGGCUGCAAUUGUUUGUUAAUCAUUUAAUUACCCCCCUCUAUUGGCCGAACCACGACCAGACCAACGUCGUUACCUCGACCGCGAUCGCAGACUGGUAUAUGUUGGGCGCCAGGCGAUCGUUAGUUCGAGGACUCUAUGUCGUUCGCAUUGAUUUGAGCUGCCAAUCGCUUCUGGUGCCGCAGAGCGGCUUGGAAUGAUGGCGGCUACAAUUGGACCCGACAUCAUGAUGGACACGCCUUACGUGGACUGUCUCGAUCAUGGGGCGUCACCGGAGCUCUCAGGCUCUUCAGCCGUGAAUGACAGCAAUCUGCGUCCUGCAAAUCCGCGGGCGUCUCCGCGACCGAACGCGCCUCCACCGAACCCGCCUUUCGUUUUCCCUGCGAGGCCAACAUCUUCCUCAGCGCCUUCAUCUUUGUCACGGGCAACCGGCAGGCGGCCGCGCUCUGCAAUAGAGCCACAGGAAUCAAUAUCAAGGGGUAGUUUUGAGGUUGACAAAACUGGUUCCAGCUCGCCCACGUUGCCGGUGUUCUCGUUUAAUCCAGGCGCCUCUCUGCCCCCGACACCGGGUCCCGACAGCGUAUUUUUGAACCUGCCGCAAUCGCCAUCUGCCCCCAGUUCGCCGCGGUCGGGCCUCGCCCGACCAGCCGGCCUUGGACACCGCAGAGGAGGGAGCGAAUUCGUUGGGGGCAGCAUCCGUGACGGGGAAGCCAUUACUGUCCUCAACAGCAGUCCAACCAAGUCUGACGGCGGAAUGUCCUCACCAUUGCUACAACCGACUGCGAAACCCCGAAGAGGACAUGCACACCGUCGGUCUGCUGCCAUUUCUAGCCACGAUCUGUCGUCAAUCAUGCUCCCUCCAUUCACCCCGAAUGUGAAGGUCAACAGUGCGCCGACUAGUCCUGCUGUUGCCCAGCCACCACCCAGCCCAGGUUUUCCAGCCACAGAGAAGGCCGUCCGAGCCGAGAAAUCCAGUUCCUCGUUACAGGAGUCCUGUGCUGGUAGGACUCAAAAUACAUCGCCAUCAGUCGUUCAAUUCGAACCUGCUUUCAAGCCCCCUGUUCGAAAUCGAGUAGGAUUUUCGGACACGCUGGAAUACAUCCCAAGGCCAUUGUCUCUGGUGUCCACCGAUACUUCCAGCACCGCUACCGUUCGGCCUGGGCACUCUGUUUCUGGCAGCAUUUCGUCUAUCAUUUCUCUUCCGAAUGCUGACCGGGAAAUGAAGCACCCCCUGGGCUCCACUCAGAGCGCAAAACACAGUGAUAGCCGACCAAGCACCGCAGGGGCGGUCAUGGAACGGACUCAGAGUUCUCAGGAACAGGAUAGAGCCCUUCCGUCACCCCGACGAAGAGGCUCGAUUCCCUUGUUGGGCUCUCUGCCACCUCCCAUUCUGCUCGGCUCGGCGACCCCAAGUCCCACCAGAUCAGCCAAGAAGUGGUCUUUCUUCGGGCUCGACCCUUUUGUUACAGGAUCACCUGCUCGCUCUCAGCCCAAUAGCCCGCACUUUGUCGAUACUCCCUGCAGCUUGCCAGGAUGUGCUUCCGCGGAUAGCGCUCCAAAUGCAUGUUUGAAUGGCUCUGAAGGAACAUUGAGCGCUCCGAAGCCUGCCAGCAGAAAGAGAAGCAAGAAGCAAAAGAAGGUCAAAACAUGGGCAGGCUCCAUCUUAUUGCGUAAAGGGAAAUACCGGUAUGGCAAACAGAAGCGAAGAACGCCAACACCACCUUUGCUGCGGCAUACUGAGUUGGUAGUUGAUGGUAAUGAUGGGGCGAUGCACAUGUCGUUUGAACCGGAGCCGUCGAUGCCCGCCCUCACUCUAACCAAGUCGCCCGGCCCUGAAGCUUGGGAGACGAGGACAUUCUCUAGCCCCGGUACCCUACCGGAUGAGGAUACCUCAUACCCCAUGAUUGAUCUAGACGCGGCGUUGGGUCCCUUCAAUACCCCAUUACCACGGAAUCCAGAAUGGGAAGCGGCACAGAGGGCUGGAGGUCACGUUAAGAAGCAGCUGCACAGUGCUGCGGGUAUGAGCCGAUUUUCCGGCCCCGGAAUGCAUUAUUACCACCGGCGAGCUGAAAGUGCUCCGGAGCUGGUUCCCUUUGAAGGAGGGCGGUUCGGAUUCCCGCGUUUUGGAAGCAGCUCCACAAUGGCCGACGUAUUCGAAGAGGACGAAGAGGACGAGGAAGACUCUGCCACCAAUUCAGCCAAUACUACAGGCGGACAGUCAACACCGGUCGUUGAGACGCCGGGCGCGGAGAAGCCAGCGGCGAAACAAUCAAAUGAAGAUGCUGCUCCGUCGGGAAUGACUCGAAUCCAGGCCGAAGCCGACGGUACUGUGCUGCCGCCGACUGAUGGUAGCCAGCUCCAGAACCGAGCUUCGACAAUUGCUACGAGGUCUAGAUCAGCCGAGCCAGCAACUUGUGAAGAGGCCGCCGCCGGCGAAUAUUCUCUUGGAAUUUCGACGGGUUCGGCAGCGUCUCCGGGAAAUGACAAUUCUGGUUCUACCACUCCGUCUCCCGGUCAUGUCUUCCGGCCGAAGGAUUUAGCUCGAGUCGAAGUCAGCCCUCUCAACCUCCCAUCUGCAUCGCUAGCUCCUGUUAGCCCGUAUUCGAUGACGCAAUCCUCAGCUUUCCCGUCGCCGAGGUCACCAAUGUCCUACGAUGCCCAUUGCAUCUCGACUGCUCCAUCGUCGGUUUCAGAGGACAAUUUCCAAUCGUUACUUAUGGGAGAACCCGGCCCAGAGGUCCGGAUAUCGGUCGAUGAUAUUCCUUCGUUGACCAGCAGCAAUUCAACCAUGACCCGGGACAGCCUGUAUGCUCAACAUCCGCAGGCGAGGCACCCACCCUUAGCCAACCAGCAGAGGCCGGCGUCGUUCACCUCGACCGCUUUUGGCCGAAGACGUUCGAGCCUAGCAAGUCUGAGCCGGCUCAUAAGCAGCUCACACGGAGAGAGAAGCAAGCUGUCGAUCGAGGUUUCGAUGGAUAGCGAGCCGGAGAAGAAAGCCAAGACUAGCAAAACCAAGCGACUUAGCCGGAUGGUGCAGUUUUGGAAAUCAAAGGGGAGCGAUGCGACAUGACAACUUGAAUGAUUUGACAAUCGACCGGGUAACAUGGGUCAAAGCGUUGGUGCGCCACUGAGUUGACGGGGAUACGCGUGUAGGAAUACGAAGGAAUUUGCGAUUUUGAUCUUGCAAACUAACGUUAUGGAGUUUUUGACGGCAACAUAAGGACAAAGGAAUUUCGAGUGCCAGAGUGUGCCUCGCUUGGUGGCAGCUUGGGGGUGGACAUGACGGAGACGGACAUAUGAUUCACAGGUAGCGAUGAUUCUGAUUACCAAACUUCAAUGUACAUGUAUCGUUUAUGCGGAGGGAAUAUUUGCGAAGCAGUUAAUACAGCGACGCCAGUACCUCCGCUAGUCAUUACACUGCGAGAUUACUUGCGACAUUUGAAGCUGUCGUGGGAUUCUCGUUGUAGAGAGCUCUACUCCGUAAACUUCUACGACUACCAUAAGAUAGGUACAAUAC